GGCACAGCACUCGAUGAAGACUGACAAAAGACUCUGGCUGUCACUCGACGAAAACAGUCACAAGAGCUGUCACAAGUUCCAAAUCAAAACCAACCACCUCGUGUGCUGUGUUGGAACUGAGCCAUGGCGUCCUCCUCUUUCACCACCGCUUUCACCACCCAAGAAGGCGAAUAUCAGCCUACUGGUACUGGCACCAAUCCUCGUCGAUCCUUGCACCGGUAUCAAUCGGCAGCACUUCGACGGAACACCAUCCGCCUGCCAAGCAGACAUAGCAUUACCAAGCUAAAUCCAGAUGGCGUUGUCGAAGAGGAAGAGGAAGAGGAAGAGGAAGUAGAAGCACCAGUAACACCCAGAGAAACCAUUAAUGAAGAGAAUGACAGAGAUUGGACGCCUGUCCAGGCCAACUUUCCCCUGGAGGAAGAUGAAGCCUAUCCCUUUUUGGAUUCCAUUACGGCCAUGCGAGCCAUCAAAGGCUAUGUCCACGAUGAAAAUCUCAUUCCCACCACGACGUACAGCUUUUUGGUUUCUACCUCAUUAGGCAACAUGACCAAUAUUGUCAAUGCUUUGGUUUUAACACUUCAAGUGGCAAGUUAUAUCGCCGUCUCUGUCAGUGUGCUGGACUUUCGCAACGAUGAUGAGUACAAUCCAUUCAAAUUUCCACCCAAUGUCACCUCAUCGGUACGGGCCACUCAAUUGUUGAGUCUGGUUUACUCGAUACUAGUUCAGGAGAGCAUUGUCAAUGCCCUCUAUACAUUCCGCAAUGGAUUCGACGAAGAAGAACUCAGACGAUCCUUUCCCGAAUGUGCUACCCAUGGACUGAAAGCACGGUGGUACAUUUGCUUGUGUUUCAUCCUUACCAUGGGCUGCUACGCUCAGUUCUUGACUUUUGUCAUGAUAAUGCAAUCUGAAGAUGUCCUUGGCGUGCUCUUGAAUUACGCAGCAGUCAACUUCAUUGCCACCAUUGAUGAUCGCUUUUUCUACUUGGGUAAACGAGGAUGGCUGGGAAAACAAGUGGAAAGAAACGUCCGUCUUAUCGGCCUUGCCGACAAUCCAAAUCCUCCACCCAUCUGGUAUCGCCGCUUAUUCCAUUCACUCUUUAUGCUUGUGUUGUUUGCAGGAUUGAUUGGAAUGUGGGGAUUGGUCGUCAGUUUGCAAACCACAGGUGCAUAUUUGCCCAACACCAUUCGAGUGGAAUUUGAUGAUCAAGUCCAUCCUGCGCUGGGAACCUUCAGUGGCUAUUACGAUAUUCAACACUCCGGGGAAGGAGGAAUGUUCCGAUCGGCGCAUGCUAUGUAUUACGAACGGAGGUCACAGCAAGCACUGUUUAGUUAUUGUCCCCAAAUCGGGGCUUGGACGUUUCAAUGGGGGGUCUCCGUGAACGAGUUUGACCCUUGCAACUGGCAUGCCAGGAGUUCUGCUACGAUCGAAUUCGAUAUCACCACCACAGCAACUUCGAAGUGGUUUGCCAAGAACCCCGGUGGACGAACGGUGCCAAUGCCGUUCAUAGAUAUUCACGGAUGGUCGUGCACCGAGGACGAGAAGCUAUGCGGACUACAUGGCACUUGUGAACAGGGAGCAUGCCAAUGCGAAGAAGGGUUUUUUGGUGAUGAAUGUGAAUUUCCAAGACCUUGUAAUACUUUGGAAGUGGAUGGACGAAUGGGGGAUUUUCGAGGUAUCGACCGCAAAUGGUCAGAACAAUUUGAACUCCUUCGCUUUGGAAACGAGACAGCGAUCGUCUACGACCGCCCGGUCUACAUCACUCAAACAGAUUCUCUACGAUUGAGUCAACCUCAACAGCAAGGUGAAUUCGAUAUGAUCUUUUUCACAGGGAGACGUUGGGCGCUUGCUUUCUCGCGUGCUUUUCAAGACCCGGAAUUUGCAGAAGACUUGGAGUCCUAUCUUGCCAGAUUUCACGCUCACUUUUCCAACUUUAAAGCUGGCUUCUUGAGCGAACCGGUUGGCGACAUCAAGUCCAACCCAUCCCCAGAAGGGUUGGUAUGGUAUUCAUCGGAACCUAGCAAACCCAGCACCGGUCCUGGGAUUCAGGCCGCGGCACCCCAGCAGUCUCAGGGAGUGUUGCUUUGUACUGAGUGCAACAACAAUACAAAUCCAUGUCUUUAUGAUGGAAUUUGUUUGGAGGGACACAGCAACACUUGUAACUGUUCACAAGGGUCUGCGGGUGGCCUUUGCGAGGUGCCACCAAUUGGCAAUGGCCGGUGCGAUACUUUCUUCAAUACAGUGGGCUUUGAUCGGGAUGGCGGCGACUGUUGCAGGGGGACUUGCAUAAGUACUGCAGAAGCGAUUUGUGGACGGGAUCCCAGUGGAUUCUUGGACACUGGCUUUUUCAACUGCCAAAGUGACGACCCAAUUCCGUCUGAGACUGUUCGUGGUGAACCAUUUGCAGAGGCUGGUCGACAAUUCGCUCUCUCCGGCACGGGCAGCGUCAUGGCAGCAGUGAUGAACGAUGGGGAACUGGGACUGUUCGACCAGGUUGGCGCUCAGUGGAUCCAGCGUGAAAUGCUCGGAACUUGUCUUGUUACCGCAAUCACCAUGGCUACCGGCCCUUUUUCGAGCAAUCCAAUAUUUCAACCACCAGCUGUGAUUGUUGUGUCUUGCAAAGGCAUCACGAGCUUGCGAGCUUACUUUUGCACCGACGAUGGUUGCUCCAUCCACACCCUGGAAGGUCCACCUGAGGCUUACUCGGACUUGUUCGGGGAUUCAUUAGGGAUAAGCACCAAUGGAGACGUCAUUGCUGUUUCUUCUCGUGGCGCCCCCUAUCAAGGUGGUUUCGUCGAGAUUUUCAGGGCUGGGCGGGACUCCAGAGGCUCCGUUGCUUGGGAGCGAAACAACGAGACGAUAAUACCAGAGAAAUAUCGAUACGAUGAAGAAGACAAUUUUGCAGUCCCGGUAGUAUUCACUCUGGGUCUAUCCAAUGCAAGCUUCCCUAUGUCGGCGGCAGGACCAAUCAAUGGAAGUAUUGACUCCACCCAGGCACCAAGUCUGGGCCCCGACAAGGAAUUCAUACUCAGCACCCUGCCUGUACCAAGCACCGCGCCUUCUUCCGAACCAACCGAACAGCCCAGCGCCAGCUUCGAACCCUCGGCUUUCCCGUCCAGCGAACCUAGUAUCGAGCCAUCUGCUUUUCCAACGGCUUCACCAAACCAGCUUAUACUUGCUAUGAGUCUAUCAGGGAGUGGCGAUACUCUAGCAUUGGUAUUAAGCGACGUUAGCGCGCUUCAAAUUGUAACCGUGCUUGUAUAUCAAUUCAAUGGGACGGACUGGACGACUCGAGGGCACCCGAUUGAAGAUACUCUGUGCUCGGACAAUCAUCCACGAACAGAUAUGAUAGAGCUCUCGGAAGAUGGGUCAACUCUGCUUUAUUCCACCGGUGACGAAGUCCAUGUUGUGGACUGGAACGCCGAAGCAGACGAAUGGGCUCGACGAGAAGCAGACGUGCUUCAGUCAGAGGUAGAUCUACUUCGGGAUCCAGAACGCAAUUGUAGCAUAGACAGUGUGACUCUCUCCCCAGAAGGUAACAUUGUCGCCCUCAACAUUCGAGUGCCGUCGGACGAAAACAACAUUGCAACCUUCGCUUGGACAAAUUCCACGUGGGAAAGGCGAGAGGAAAUAAUGGUGAGAGGGUCCCCAGAAGGCCCACUCGCGCUUUCACAGGGUGGCAGUGAGUUGGCAGUAGGGUUACCCCUUGUCGCUGCUGACCUUUCGGGUUCGAUUCAAACGUACGAAUACCCACCGCUUCCCUGCCAAUCCGAUGAAAUUUAUUUUCGACUGACUUUCACAAUCAAGCCGGAAGUAACAAGGUGGACGCUUGAAACUGCGAGCCCUGACGGCGAGAUCUUCAACUUUGGAGGCGGUCCAUACUACUUCCCAAAUUUCCCUGGUGCCAAGGAGGCUUCCGAAACGCACCAUGACAAGGCUACCGUUAUCGAAGACCUUUGUCUUCCUACUGUCGCCCUCGACUGCGGUAUCCUGAUGAUCUAUCCAACCGAGUUUGGUGGGUUUAGUGUCAUCUCGUCGGACGGGGGACCGCCAAUCAAUGUGCCGCCCCGUGAUAUUCCAGCGGCUCUGACUUACGGGAACUGCACGAACCAGAGCCUUGUGCAACCCUACAGUAACGAUUUAUAGAUUCUUAUCAGCUACCAUG